GUGUGAAUUCCGCCCGCUCUCCCCCUGCCUCCCCCCCGCCGCCGCUAUAAGAGCGGCCGGCGCGGGCUGGGGGGAGCCACUGCGGCGGCUCCUCCUCGCUGGAAGCCCCGGCGCUUUUGGCUGCCCUUUGAAGUCGGAGAGGGAGAAGGAGGGAGGGAGCGUCUGGGGCCGCCGCUGCUCCGCUCCGCUCCGCGCCGCGCCGCCGCCGCCGCUCCCGCCCGGCCCCGGAGCAUCGUCCUGCCCGGUCCCUCCGCCGCCAGGAUGAAGAUAUCCAAGUGGAGGUGGAGCAGCAUCUCCAUCAGUGCUCAGCUGCAGCUGAAAGGCACCCUGGCCCUUCUUCUCGUGGGCAAUGUUGUCUUUGUCAUAGCUCAGGACCUGGCACAGACGUCCAACAGCCUGGAGGAAGGGUCAGAUGUCACUGCUUACUGGUGGGGAGAGUGGACCAAGUGGACAGCGUGCACCAGGACCUGUGGGGGAGGCGUGAAAUCCCAGGAGAGGCACUGCCUGAGGCAGAGAAGGAAGUCAGUGAGUGGGCUGGCUAAUAAAACUUGCACUGGAACAUCCAAGAGAUACCAGCUCUGCAAAGUCCAAGAGUGCCCUGUGAACGGAAGGAGCUUCCGAGAGGAGCAGUGCUCGUCCUUUAACUCCCAUGUGUACAAUGGCAGAACCUAUCAAUGGAAACCUUUAUAUCCUGAUGACUAUGUUCACAUUUCUAGCAAGCCCUGUGACCUUCAUUGCACCACCGUGGAUGGUCAGAGACAGUUAAUGGUUCAGGCCAGGGAUGGAACAUCCUGCAAAUACACGGAUUUCCGAGGGGUUUGCGUGUCUGGAAAAUGUGAGCCCAUUGGCUGUGAUGGCAUUCUCUUCUCCACCCACACCUUGGAUAAAUGUGGAGUUUGCCAAGGAGAUGGGAGCAGCUGCACCCACGUAACCGGCAGUUACCGGAAAGGAAAUUCUCAUCUUGGCUAUUCCCUGGUCACGCACAUUCCCGCCGGAGCGAGGGAUAUCCAGAUAGUGGAACGGAAAAAGUCUGCAGAUGUUCUGGCUGUGGCUGAUGAAGCUGGGUACUAUUUCUUCAAUGGGAACUAUAAAGUGGACAGCCCAAAGAACUUCAACAUUGCAGGCACGGUGUUCAAGUACCGCCGGCCCAUGGACGUGUACGAGACUGGCAUCGAGUACAUUGUUGCCCAGGGACCCACAAAUCAAGGGCUGAACAUAAUGGUCUGGAAUCAAAAUGGCAAGAACCCAUCCAUCACGUUUGAAUACACUCUGCUGAGGAAGCCACACUCAAAGAACCUGCAGCCCAUCUUCUACACCUUCUCCGAGUCGGAGAGCGAGGAGAGCCGCGAGUUCAACGGGGACGUGCCACUGGGCUUCAUCCAGCACAAUGCAACCUAUUUUGGGAAAAUCUCCAGUGAAAGGAUAGACUUGGAGAACCAGGUGUUUGGAAGGCAGGACACGGAGGAAGAUUUAAACUUGAGCAAAGGUCAGGAAACCAAUGAGGUCUAUGAAAGAGCAGAAACAAUUGACUGUGAGCCAAAACUGAAGGGCAAACAACCCCAAGAUUCAAACGUAACCAGGUCUACUUACCAGACAGACCAUGACGACAGAGAGCCCGAGGCCAGGCUCAGCUCCAGGGAGUUCCUUCUGGAGAACGCCAUCACGGACAAGCUGCUGGGCAAGACCUCGGACUCCAAGGAGCUGCUGCUCAACGUCACCAUGAACAGCAUCUUCGCCCAGGGAGACCCAACCAACUCGGUGGGGUCACCCCUUGACAGCCUCUACGUGGACUAUGAGGACAGCGAUGGCCUCGUCACCUACUCGGUGAACAGCACCUUCAUGGAGCUGAGCAAUGGCAAAGCCACCAACACCUCUGCAGAGACGCCCUUCUCCAACGCCACCGUCACCAUGAGCAGCCCCCAGGGGAACAGAACCCACAAAGCAAGAAACAGAUUGAAGUUGUUAAGAAAGGGCCAAGGUGUGAGUGCUGCUGACAUGUACAGGUGGAAGCUUUCCUCCCACGAGCCCUGCAGCUCUACAUGCACCACAGGAGUGAUGUCCACCUAUGCCAUGUGUGUUCGCUAUGAUGGGAUCGAGGUGGACGAUGCCUACUGCGAUGCCAUGACCCGGCCCGAGCCCAUCCAUGAGUUCUGUGCUGGGAGAGAGUGCCAGCCAAGGUGGGAGACGAGCAGCUGGAGCGAGUGCUCGCGGACGUGCGGUGAGGGGUACCAGUUCCGCAUCGUGCGCUGCUGGAAGAUGAUCUCGCCAGGCUUCGACAGCUCCGUCUACAGCGACCUGUGCGAGGCGGCCGACAUCGCCCGGCCCGACGAGCGCAAGGUCUGCAAGAACCCGGCCUGUGGGCCCCAGUGGGAGAUGUCCGAGUGGUCAGAGUGCCCGGCGCGCUGCGGGGAGCGGAGCGUGGUGACAAGGGACAUCCGCUGCUCGGAGGAGGAGAAGCUCUGCGAUGCCAGCGCCCGGCCCCUGGCCGAGAAGAACUGCACGGGGCCACCGUGUGACCGGCAGUGGACAGUGUCCGACUGGGGACCGUGCAGCGGCGGCUGCGGGCAGGGCAGGAUGAUCCGGCACGUGUACUGCAAAACCAGCGACGGGCGCGUGGUGCCCGAGUCCCAGUGCAACCUGGACACCAAACCCCUGGCCAUCCACCCCUGUGGGGACAAGAACUGCCCCUCACACUGGCUGGCCCAGGACUGGGAGCGGUGCAACACGACGUGUGGCCGGGGUGUGAAGAAGAGGAUCGUGCUCUGCCUGGAGAUUGUCAAUGGCAAGAUCAAGACCCGCAGCCCCUCUGACUGUGACGUGGCCAAGAAGCCCGUGGAGGAGAGCACGUGCUUCGAGAGGCCCUGCUUCAAGUGGUACACCACCCCCUGGUCUGAGUGCACAAAAACCUGCGGGAUUGGCGUGAGGAUGCGGGAUGUGAAGUGCUACCAGGGCAAGGACAUCGUGCGGGGCUGCGACCCGCUGGUGAAGCCAGUGGGCAAACAGACCUGUGACCUGCAGCCCUGCCCCACAGAGCCCCCAGAUGACAGCUGCCAGGACCAGGCAGGAACCAACUGUGCCUUGGCCAUCAAGGUGAACCUGUGCAGCCACUGGUACUACAGCAAAGCCUGCUGCCGCUCCUGCCGUGCCCCCCACUCCUAGGGCAGGGCUGCCUGAGCCAGGGCUCCUCCUUCCCCUGCCCUCACAGCCCAGACACUGCUGACAAGGAUGCUCUUGGCCUGGUUUGUGUGUCCCCACCGAGGCAGGACUCCUCUCCUGGCCGCUGGACGUUGGGAGCCCCCCGGGGUCAGAGCUGUACAGAAAUCUUGUAUAUUUGAUUCCCCUCCCCAAAAUCCAGCUACACCCAAGGUCUUGUCCUGUUUCUUCCCUCGGUGCAAGGUUGGGGUUGGCGAGGGGAAGGUGUGAACUCUGGGAAGUGCAAGUUUCCCUUCCCAAAAUGGGCUUGGUGGUGCCUCUCUCCUGAUUUAUCCUGAGGCUCUCCUUAGCUGAAUUAAUGGAGAAGCUGUUUGUUAAAUAAACUCAAGCCCUUUUUUGUAAUAUGUAGGUGUAUACUUUUUCAGAGAAUUUUAUCUUAUAAUCAAAUGUUAGUUUCAUAGUCCUUACAACCCCUCCCUGAUGCUGACAUAUUGUAUAUAAUAUGGAAACAUAACUGCACUUUAUAUCACAAAAAAGACGUGCUCUUUUUUAAUAUAUUUGUUUACAGACAGUGAACUUUAUCCAUAUAAUCAUUAAUUUGUACUCAUAUGUAUAUUUUAAUAAAGUUGUCAUAUUUAUGGUGGUA